GAAUGUUAUAUGCUCACUAGCGCCUUUCAUAAAAUUAGUCCGUGAUCCCAACAGAAUAAACAUUCAUCUUGUGUCUACUACCUACUACUACUACCUACCUUGUACCAAACUGCUACUAUUUUUUGCAGAGUCGGUGAACUUAUAUUUGGUUAAGAUCUUAAAAUACAAUGGAUUCAGCGUUACGUGAACAAGUUAUGAUAAAUCAAUUUGUGCUGGCAGCAGGAUGCGCUCGAGAACAAGCUAAACAGUUACUUCAGGCUGCUCAUUGGCAAUUUGAGACAGCCUUAUCAAUAUUCUUCCAAGAAGUUGCAAUACCAUCAGGAGCGAAUGGAAUUGCUGCUCAACAUUAUCACCAGCAAUUAAUAACUCCGUGUAACACUCCAGCGACGCCGCCGAACUUUCCAGACGCAUUAGCUGCGUUCUCUCGUCUAUCGACGACGGGCAGCCCGGGCAACGCCAGCGGCGGGCCCGUGUCCCCACUCGCCACACACCCGCCGCCGCACCAGUACCAACACCAGCAUCAAAACCAGCACCAGCACACUCCCAUGCAAGUCAACACCUUCCAGAGUCCGCCCAAUCCGCAGAAUAACUAUGCACCGCUCUCCUGCUCAACUGCAGUGUGCAGAGAACAUAUGCCAAGAUAAAUUGCUAGUGAGAGGUUAGGAGCAUCUAUAAUUUAUUUUUGUAAUGGUGCGCAAUGUGAGCUGUGGACUUGUGUAAUGUUAUUUUCCGGACGCCCCACUGCACCUUGUUUGCUGGACAAUAUUUGGGGUGCUAUAGUCAAUCAUGUUAAACAUUAAAAUAUUCUCACUGUUUAUAUAGUGGUUUCUAAAACAAAAUGCACUAUGUAUAAUAUGAAUUGUGUUUUUGAUACCUAAUUGAAAUCUUUAUUACCUGUGAUUAAAGAAGUUUUGGUAUCAAUAAUAUGUAGUGGUAUAAAUGUAAUUAUUACUGUAUAAUAUAAAAAAGAAGAAAUUCAAUGUUAUCUUUA